AGUAGGAUGUCAACUGAGACAGAACUUCAAGUAGCUGUGAAAACCAGCGCCAAGAAAGACUCCAGAAAGAAAGGUCAGGAUCGCAGCGAAGCCACUCUGAUAAAGAGGUUUAAAGGUGAAGGGGUCCGGUACAAGGCCAAACUGAUCGGGAUCGACGAGGUUUCGGCAGCUCGGGGAGACAAGUUAUGUCAAGAUUCCAUGAUGAAGCUCAAGGGCGUUGUAGCUGGCGCUCGUUCCAAAGGAGAACACAAACAGAAAAUCUUUUUAACCAUCUCCUUUGGAGGAAUCAAAAUCUUUGAUGAGAAGACAGGGGCCCUUCAGCAUCACCAUGCUGUUCACGAAAUUUCCUACAUUGCAAAGGACAUCACAGACCACCGGGCCUUUGGCUACGUUUGUGGGAAGGAAGGGAACCACAGAUUUGUGGCCAUAAAAACAGCCCAGGCGGCUGAACCUGUUAUUCUGGACUUGAGAGAUCUCUUUCAACUUAUUUAUGAAUUGAAGCAAAGAGAAGAGUUGGAAAAAAAGGCACAAAAGGAUAAGCAGUGUGAACAAGCUGUGUAUCAGACAAUUCUGGAAGAGGAUGUUGAAGAUCCUGUGUACCAGUACAUUGUGUUUGAGGCUGGACACGAGCCAAUCCGUGACCCCGAAACGGAAGAAAACAUUUAUCAGGUUCCCACCAGCCAAAAGAAAGAAGGUGUUUAUGAUGUGCCAAAAAGUCAACCUGUAAGUGCUGUGACCCAAUUAGAACUUUUUGGGGACAUGUCCACCCCUCCUGAUAUAACCUCUCCCCCCACUCCUGCAACUCCAGGUGAUGCCUUUAUCCCGUCUUCAUCUCAGACACUUCCGGCGAGUGCAGACAUGUUUGGUUCUGUACCUUUCGGCACUGCUGCUGUACCCUCAGGUUAUGUUGCCAUGGGCGCCGUCCUCCCAUCCUUCUGGGGCCAGCAGCCCCUCGUCCAACAGCAGAUCGCCAUGGGUGCUCAGCCACCAGUCGCUCAGGUGAUGCCGGGGGCUCAGCCCAUCGCAUGGGGCCAGCCGGGUCUCUUCCCUGCCACUCAGCAGCCCUGGCCAGCUGUGGCCGGGCAAUUUCCGCCAGCCGCCUUCAUGCCCACACAAACUGUUAUGCCUUUGCCAGCCGCCAUGUUUCAAGGUCCCCUCACUCCCCUCGCAACAGUCCCAGCCACGGGUGACUCCGCCAGAUCAAGUCCACAGACCGACAAGCCCAGACAGAAAAUGGGGAAAGAAAUGUUUAAGGAUUUCCAGAUGGCCCAGCCUCCACCCGUGCCCUCACGCAAACCCGACCAACCCUCACUCACCUGUACCUCAGAGGCCUUCUCCAGUUACUUCAGCAAAGUCGGGGUGGCACAGGAUACAGAUGACUGUGAUGACUUUGACAUCUCCCAGUUGAAUUUGACCCCUGUGACUUCUACCACACCAUCAACCAACUCACCUCCAACACCAGCCCCUAGACAGAGCUCUCCGUCCAAGUCAUCUGCAUCCCACGCCAGUGAUCCUACCACAGAUGACAUCUUUGAAGAGGGCUUUGAAAGUCCCAGCAAGAGCGAAGAGCAAGAAGCUCCCGAUGGAUCACAGGCCUCAUCCAACAGUGAUCCAUUUGGGGAGCCCAGUGGGGAGCCCAGUGCUGAUAAUAUAAGUCCACAGGCCGGUAGCUAG